UUCAUGCUUCCAUGGUUAAGUUUUGGAAGGGUCCCAAAAAAAGCCUUCCUUGUUGGGUCAUGCACGCAGCCUUAUUCCCUCCAGUGAGCUUUGACAUCCUGCAGACCAGCAGCAACAUGACCAAACUGCCCUCCCAUCCAGGCUCUGGAGUCCGGACUCCCUCCUUUAACUAACUCCCAAUGCCUCCACGCCAUGGAACCUCAGCUCUCACUUCCCCAUAGCCAUAGGAGGAAUGUAGUAACAGCUUGAUGUGACCUCAGUUCCACUCCUCUUUUCUUCUCUCUUGACCCCUGUCGCUCCAUUCCACUCGUCCGCGCUAGCCCAGAUGUUUCUCCACUCCCUGUUGAUGCAAAAAAUGGCAAAGAACACGCAGAAACCAAGAGAAGAUGGCGGCGCGAGAUCAGGCCUGUCGUCCAAGAAGUCCCCGUGGUACCAGCGCGCGGUGGAGGUGCUUCUCCUCAUCUGGAAACAGCCGGCUGCGGCGCCGACGACGGCGACGACGAAGGCCGCAAAGGCAUCCGGUGUGACGGCUUCGGGUAAGGCGACGGCGCCGCCUGGUAAGCUGCGCAAGUCGUCGUCGCUGAACGUGGCAGCGUCGUUCACCAGGGUGUGCCUGUGCGCGCCCAUCUCCUCCUACAACAGCGAGUCCCUCUACUGCUUCCAGGCCGACGCGGCGCCGCGCCGGAGCUACAGCUACCCGCGCGCGUCGUCGGCGUCCGCGUCGGGGUGCGGCGCCGUCGCCAGACCGCUGGUGGUCCCGCCGCCGUCGGUGGCCGAGCAGACCAGCAGGGGGAGGCCGCCCGCGGGCAGGGCCGACGAGGGCGCGCGCCGGGUGUUCCGGGGCAAGUCGCUGACGGACGACAUCCUGAUGCGGCGGUUCGUGGUGGACGAGGGGGCGACGCGGCGGCGCAACGAGAUGGAGGUGAUCAGCCGGCGCCACGCGGCGGCCGCCAAGCGCCGGCGCCUGGGCCCCAGCCCGCUCCGCCGGAUGUCGCUGGCGGAGUCGGAGUCAGAGGCCGAGGAGGAAGCGGAGGCGGAAGCUUCACGAAUGGAAACGGACAAGCCCGUGGUAGCAGCGGCGUAGCAAGAGCGAAGCUUUCUUGUGUGCUUUCGAUCGCUCGCUCGCUCACUCACUGCCUCUGUUUUUCCUGUCGUUUCUUCUGCUGCUGUUGCUGUCAUGCAAGGAGAGGGAGAAUUUGGACGUAUGCUCUGCCAAGCUGCGUCAGAUGCUGACGCCGCGGCGACUGUGCGCCUGUGACUGCGGCCGC